GUGAUCGAUGGGGUAGAGCGGGCAGCCGCGGGGACUAAGGGGAUGAGUGGCUGAGGGGCGUGAUGGGGGAGGCGGCCGUGGCCGCGGGGCCUUGUCCGCUGCGCGAGGACAGCUUCACACGCUUCUCGUCGCAGAGCAAUGUGUACGGGCUGGCGGGCGGCGCGGGCGGGCGCGGGGAGCUGCUGGCCGCCACCCUUAAAGGCAAGGUGCUAGGCUUCCGCUACCAAGACCUCCGACAGAAAAUCCGGCCUGUCGCCAAGGAGCUGCAGUUCAAUUACAUUCCCGUGGAUGCAGAGAUUGUCUCCAUCGACACCUUCAACAAGUCGCCCCCAAAGCGGGGCCUGGUUGUGGGGAUCACAUUCAUCAAGGAUUCAGGGGACAAGGGCAGCCCCUUCCUUAACAUUUACUGUGAUUAUGAGCCUGGCUCUGAGUACAACCUGGACUCCAUCGCCCAGAGCUGUCUGAACCUGGAGCUCCAAUUCACUCCUUUCCAACUGUGCCACGCAGAGGUCCAGGUCGGGGAUCAACUGGAGACCGUGUUUCUCCUGAGCGGGAAUGACCUGGCCAUUCAUCUCUACAAGGAGAACGAGGGGCUACAUCAGUUUGAAGAACAGCCCGUGGAAAACCUCUUCCCAGAGCUCACGAACCUGACCAGUAGCGUCCUCUGGCUUGACGUAUACAACCUGCGCGGCACGUCCCGGCGACUCUCAGCUCUCGGCUGUCAGAGCGGUUACGUCCGAGUCGCCCAUGUGGACCAGCAGAGUAGAGAGGUCCUGCAGACGUGGACGAUCCUGCAGGACGGCCCCAUCUCCCGAGUGAUCGUGUUCAGCCUCUCGGCCCCUGGGGAGACUGAGGACAGGCCACAGCGAGAGGAGUACAGCGUGCUGGUAACGAGCAUGUUGGAGCCAGCGGUGGUGUACCGGGACCUCCUGAGCCGGGGCCUCGAGGACCAGCUUCUCCUGCCUGGCAGCGACCAGUUUGACAGCGUCCUCUGUGGCCUGGUCACCGACAUCGAUUUGGAUGGGCAGCCAGAAGUCCUGGUGGCCACCUAUGGACAGGAGCUGCUCUGCUACAAGUACUGCGGCCUGGAGCGUGGGCUCCCUGGGGCCCAGCCUGGCUUCCGCUUGCUGUGGCAACGGAGCUUCUCCAGCCCCCUGCUGGCCAUGGCGCACGUGGACCUGACCGGGGACGGGCUGCGCGAGCUCGCCGUGGUCUCCCUGAAGGGCGUGCACAUCCUGCAGCACAGCCUGAUCCAGGCCUCGGAACUGGUCCUGACCCGGCUUUGGCACCAAGUGGAGCAGAGGAGACGUCGGCGACAGAGGCUGGGGGACAGGGUGGGCGCCGGGCCUGCGGAGACCCCCGCCUCCUGAGCCCCCGUGCUGGGCCUGCGCCAGUCCCUUGGGGCGCCCGCCCCCAGCCCUCCGUGGCGGGGUGGGGAGGGGAGCAUCCUGAAGGAGGCACUGGUCUCCCCAGACCCCCCAGGGUGGCGAAGCUCUGGGUGCUGCUCUGACUCCGCCCCAGCAUGCCCCGUGACCCCCCACUCCCCUCUCUGUGCCUCAGUGUCCCCAUGUGGAAAUGGGAUGAUCCCACCCCCCCCGUGAGAGUGGGUCAGCAGUGAUGAUUUCUGUGUCCAGAGGAACCAAAC